AGUGUCCUACAGGCGAUAUAUAGAAUUUCAUACGUUUGCCGUUCAUCGGUCCGUAUUCGUAACAGACGCGAGCGCUGGGCUCUGUUCGCUCAUAUUCGCCAAAAAUGGUCCCAUCAAUUGAACGUCGGUACGUGCAAGGAUAUGAGAAGUUUCUUGAGGUUACAAACUUAGAAAGGUCAGAACAGCCGAAUUACGUUCUGUUCACCGGUACGAAGCUACUGGACACCGGCAAGAGUUGGUGCUCGGAUUGCGUAGAAGCUGAACCAUUUAUUGAAGCUGGUUUCGCAGAUGCACCUCAGGGUACAAUAUUACUAACAGUAGAAGUCGGGGACAGGGCCUUCUGGAAAGAUCCAAAUUGUCCAUUCAGGACAGAUCGUUGUACCAGGUUGAAGGUCUUGCCGACUCUAGUUAAAUGGAGGACUGAGAAACGUUUAGAGGGUGAUCAGUUACUGAAUCCUGACCUUAUCGAAAUGUUACUGUCAGAUGUAGAUGCAGACUAA